AUGCCUGCAACCCCGAUUUCCCCAUCUCGCCCGAAGAACCGGUCUGUUCCCGGUUCCAGGCGCACUGAGGGUAUACAGACUUCCACCCCUCGGCCUUUACACCAUCCCGGUUUCGUCCCAGUCCUUCAGUACCUCAGGCAAGAAUUGUACCCUCUCGUCAGCUGCACAACCGGCGAGAUCCCUACAGAUUUUCCCGAGACAAUGUUAUCAUACCAUCUCCUCACAAACAAUCAACUCGACAACCUCGCACAACAUUAUCACCAGACAUCACCUCCACUACCACAAACAUCAAUGUACCCAUCCCAAAUACAAAAACCAUGGCUCGGACCAAAUACGGAAAGUAACAUUGAUCUCGAAACUAAGCGCCGUCGCUUUGGACGCUUUAUCGGGCUGGGAGGCUGUAAUUCCCCAGUGGCCACGGAACAUCCACAACCCACCCUUCACCUCGCCACGCAGGAAAGCAGCGUGACAACACCGAUUGUCAUCGAUGAGGCCAUCCUGUCAAAUAUUCUCACUCCGGAUUUGGAGUGCGAGGACGUAUGGGAGAUGAUGGCGCGCAUGGAACAGGAAUGGCAGGCGGCUCUGGCACAAGCGCAGGCCGAAGACAACCAACCCUUUGGUUGGAAAUGA